AUGGGUACAAACGAUCGUACAACUUAUGUGGACCGUUUGAAGACAUAUCCAGUGGAGCAAUUUAAUAAAGACACGGACGUAUUUCCCUACUAUGUAAACUUCAGGAAGGGUGAUGUUAUUGUUCGUGUCCCCAUUGCAAUGGAUGCCAAUGCCUACAAAUAUGUUCAAGAAAACUCGUCGCAAUUUCUAAGCAAACUGAAAGUCGAAUUAACAUCGGAAUAUGCCGGAUCAUGCGAGGAAAUGUCUUCUUUUCCGCCGAAACCUACCAAAAACAAGUCGUAUAUCUUAAUUUCUGACACCAACGAUAAGCAUUUAACCGAAGAGCCUGACGAGGCACGGCCUAUAGAUCAGAUUAUUUUAUUUAGCAAUGAAUUUAGGAAAAUUCGUUGUUUCUAUGGUCUCACUUACGGCGAUGUCUCUGAGUCAAUCGCCCGUUGCUAUGGCACUCAAGUGUCUAAUUAUAUGCUCUUCAGAAUGGAGAAAUCUGCUUUGACUGCUUGGAGGCAUUCUGCAGAAGUUGAACUUAUUCGACGCUGGUUGGCAGACAUGAAAUCUCCCAAGUCAAGAGCCCGACUUUUUCCUCCUUUGAAGCUGAAGCGAUCCCUUCUAAGCAAAUAUGAUACACUUGCUUUAAAAUCAGUAACAUUUACUAAAGCGCAGGAAGCAAAGCUGGAAGAGUUCUACAGACGAAAUGAGAAUCCUGCUAAAGUUGGAUUGCAGCACUUAAAGGAGGAGCUGGGAGUACAGGUCUGGAAGAUUCGACAAUGGUUAAAGUGGCGGGCACUUCGUGAUAAAGAAUAA